AGACGCCACAGCGGCGAGGAUCGCCCGCUCUGAACCGGAGGAGUCACCGGCAGAUGAUGUCCCAAUGUGAGAGUGCUUCCAGAGGAGACGAAGGAGAGGACGAAGGAGGAUGAAGAAGGGGGGAGAGGGAUCGAGAGCGGCAGAGGUGGAAUAUAAUGAAGUUGAGUGGGAAAGGACUGUGCACCGUUUUCUCCAGCACCCUCCUCUUCGUGUGCGCCCUGAGCGAAGUUGUCGUUGGAUUAAGAUGCGUCUCGUUGGGAUCUACGGUGAGAGCGCAUUUCCACCUCGGCGCCGCGGCCGGGGCUUUCUACUCCGGGCUACUUGUGGGAAUCGGGCAGGUCCUGCUGGGCUCCGCGAUGCUGUGUUGCCUAAAGAAGCCCGGCUGCAGGAAUUUCUUUCUCCUCGGGGUUGUGGUCUUCUUGUUGGGGGUCCUCACCGCCUUCUCCGGCGCGGUGGUGGACGGGGACACGGCUUCUCUGGUGGAGAGGAAAUAUUCCCAUUACUGCUUCCACUCUGUGCUUGUGAACCCUGCGUGCGAGCAGCUGAGGGAUUACCAGCGGAGUCUGGUCAUCUCCACUGUUCUCAGCACCUUGGAGUGUCUCCUCGGGCUCAUCAACCUGGUGGUCAUCAAAAGGUACAAAGCAGCGCAGUUCUCCAGAAGCCGGCAGUCUCAGAGGCAGCGCGCCGGCGCGAUCAUCUUCAGCGAGGAGCACGAGUGUUCCUCGGCGGAUUUCCAGCCGGUGUCUUACAUCAAUUUGGGUGUUUUUAAUGUGUUUGACGAGACAGGUGCAGAAGUGCAGUGCGGGGGACACCCGUCCAUAGAGCUGCCGGGAUACUCGCCCACGGACCCGGAGCUCAAUCACUGCUUCCCCUUCUCAUACCCGCUCCCCAGUGAACUGCCGCCCGCAUACGAGGACAUUUUCCCCGCUGAGGCAUGCAACACAUAGCCGCUCUGGAGCUUUUUUUUCUCCCCCCUCUGCUGUGACAAUCAAUGACUUUGUGCUUAAACAACCCCCACCCCCCACUCCCUCUCUUCCAACAACA